GGGAGAGCUGAUAUCUGGUCAAACGACUACUGGAAGAAUAUUGGUUGUUCUAGUAUUCAUUUUAAGCAUAGCUUCGUUAAUUAUAUAUUUCGUAGACGCCUCAAGUGAAAAGGUAGAACGUUGCCAAGAAUGGAGCUCCAAUAUUACCCAACAAAUCGACCUUGCCUUUAACAUAUUUUUUAUGGUCUAUUUUUUUAUACGAUUCAUAGCUGCUAGUGACAAGCUGUGGUUCAUGUUGGAAAUGUACUCUUUCGUAGACUAUUUUACGAUUCCUCCAUCAUUUGUUUCGAUCUAUUUAGAUCGUACAUGGAUAGGUCUACGUUUCCUACGAGCACUACGUUUAAUGACUGUACCCGAUAUAUUGCAGUACCUCAACAUUUUAAAGACUUCUAGUUCUAUACGGCUUGCUCAGUUAGUUUCCAUAUUCAUAUCUGUAUGGCUCACUGCUGCAGGAAUCAUCCAUUUAUUGGAAAAUUCCGGUGAUCCCUUAGACUUCAAAAACCACCAAUCUUUGCCAUAUUGGAAUUGUGUAUAUUUCCUGAUCGUUACUAUGUCAACGGUGGGAUACGGUGAUGUUUAUUGUCACACGGUAUUAGGAAGAGGAUUUCUAGUUUUUUUUCUACUCGUCGGUUUGGUAAGUUGA